AAAGUUUAAAAUAUCAUUUUAUUUCAGGACGGAGGAUGGAGAUGAUAGAAAAGAGAGAAGAGAAUAGAUUCUUCCUGUCUGGUGUCUACCUUCUGGUGUCUGAGAAUCGGGUCCCUUGCUUCAGCCGGAGUGCCAGUGCUUACUGUCGGUGAGUAAUGAAGGACAGGAGUACAGGAACAGGACCCGCCCCAGGCCCAGCGCCGACCCACAACACAGCCCAGCUCUCCGACACCGGCCAGGCGAGUGGAGUCGUCAUAGCAUUCGAGAGCCAGCCGUCCGUUGCCAACGCCCAACGGUCUGAGUGAAUCCUGCCGAUCGCGAACGCCGCCGCGUCGUCGUCCUCCGUCGCCCCGCCUCGGCUUCCACCGUCAGCGGCCGCGCUCGCGAUAAGGCUACUCGUGUCCUGUCCACUAAAACCAAGACCCACCGCCUCCAGAGUUAAAGGGAAAAGAAAAAGGGGAAGAAGCCCCUCGCUCCAAGUCACGCGCCUCCCGCCUCGCCGGCGCCGCCCGCCCGCCCGCCUCGCCCGCCAUGAGCGCGCUCCAGGCCUCCCUCCUCCUCCGCCCGCUCUUUUCGCCACUGCCCCCACGCCGCCGGCAGCUGCUCUCCUCCGCCUCCUUCUCUUUCCCCCGCGGCGCCCACGCGCCCCGCCUCCGCGCAUUGGUCCCCGGCGCGCCGCAGCCCGACGCCGCCGAGCCGCCCGCGAUUGCAUCCUCGGCGGCGGCGGCGGCGGCGGCGGAGGCUGAGCCGGAGGCGGAGCCCACGACGGCGGCAGCUCAGCCCGUCGCGAUGAGCGCGAAGGAGGGGCUGGAGGACAUGGUGGACAAGGCUAGGGCCUGGGCCGUGGCGGUCGCGGCCGCGGUGUUAGCCGCGGCCAGGAGGUUCGUCGACUGGGUGCUGUCGAGGGACUGGAUGGGCUGGUGGCCUUUCUGGAGAUCCGAGCACCGGCUGCAGCGCUUGAUCGACGAGGCGGACGCCAACCCCAACGACGCGGCCAAGCAGAGCGCGCUCCUGCACGAGCUCAACAAGUUAAGCCCUGAAGAUGUCAUUAAAAGGUUUGAGGAGCGAAGCCAUGCUGUGGAUAGCAGGGGGGCUGCAGAGUACCUGCGGGCACUUAUUCUCACUAACACUAUAGCAGAUUACCUUCCAGAUGAACAAUCUGGGAGGUCUGCAAGCCUGCCAGCCCUGUUGCAAGAGUUGAAACAACGUGUAUCUGGGAAUGAGGACAAACCUUUCAUGAACCCUGGGAUAUCAGAAAAGCAACCUUUACAUGUUGUAAUGGUUGACCCCAAAUCUACAGGUAGAUCAACACGUUUUGCUCAAGAAAUCUUCUCAACGAUCUUGUUUACAAUUGCUGUUGGCGUAAUGUGGGUGAUGGGUGCUGCUGCACUUCAAAAAUAUAUUGGGAGCUUAGGUGGAAUUGGGGCAUCUGGUGCUGGUUCUAGCUCAUCAUAUUCUCCAAAAGAGAUGAAUAAGGAUAUGAUGCCAGAGAAGAAUGUCAAGACAUUUAAAGAUGUCAAAGGUUGUGAUGAUGCAAAAAAGGAACUUGAGGAAGUAGUUGAGUAUCUCAAGAACCCUUCAAAGUUCACUCGCCUUGGUGGAAAGCUACCUAAGGGCAUACUUUUGACUGGUGCUCCAGGAACUGGGAAGACACUACUAGCAAAGGCCAUUGCUGGAGAAGCUGGCGUACCAUUCUUUUACCGAGCAGGUUCUGAAUUUGAGGAAAUGUUUGUUGGUGUUGGUGCUCGGAGAGUGAGGUCAUUGUUUCAAGCUGCAAAGAAGAAGGCACCAUGCAUUGUUUUCAUUGAUGAAAUAGAUGCUGUGGGAUCAACUAGGAAACAGUGGGAAGGGCACACAAAGAAGACAUUGCAUCAACUUCUUGUUGAGAUGGAUGGGUUUGAACAAAAUGAGGGAAUAAUUGUGAUGGCUGCAACAAACUUGCCAGACAUUCUUGAUCCUGCACUCACAAGACCUGGUAGAUUUGAUAGGCAUAUUGUUGUCCCAAGUCCAGAUGUGCGGGGUCGCCAAGAGAUUCUGGAGCUCUAUUUGCAAGAUAAGCCAGUGGCAAAUGAUGUAGAUAUCAAUGCAAUUGCCCGAAGUACACCAGGCUUUAAUGGGGCUGACCUAGCCAACCUUGUAAACAUUGCAGCGAUAAAGGCUGCGGUUGAAGGUGCGGAUAAAUUGAAUGCUGUUCAGUUGGAGUUUGCCAAAGAUCGUAUUAUCAUGGGAACCGAGAGGAGAUCAAUGUUCAUAUCUGAUGAAUCGAGAAAGCUUACUGCCUACCAUGAAAGUGGACAUGCUAUUGUUGCACUCAACACCCAGGGUGCUCACCCCAUACACAAGGCAACUAUCCUUCCUCGUGGGUCUGCCCUUGGAAUGGUCACACAACUCCCCUCACAGGAUGAGACCUCUAUUAGCAAGAAACAACUCCUUGCACGUCUUGAUGUUUGCAUGGGUGGGAGGGUUGCUGAAGAGCUGAUCUUUGGGGAAGACAAUGUUACAACUGGGGCAAGAAAUGACCUUCACACUGCAACGGAGCUUGCCCAGUACAUGGUAUCGAACUGUGGGAUGAGUGAUGCUAUCGGUCCUGUGCAUGUGAAAGAACGACCAAGCAUAGAGAUGCAAUCAAGGAUAGAUGCUGAGGUGGUGAAGCUCCUAAGAGAGGCUUAUGGGCGGGUCAAGCGAUUGCUUAGGAAGCAUGAGAAGCAAUUACAUGCUCUAGCAAAUGCGCUGCUGGAGCGUGAAACGCUUACUGCAGAUGAGAUCAACAAAGUAGUUCACCCUUACCAAGAAGAGCCCCAUCUUUCCUUCCAAGACGAGGAGUUUGCCCUCGCUUAAAGAUUCUUUUGUUGCAUCAAGAUAUCGGUCACCACCCGUGAAUUGUAAAUCCGUGUACAGUAAGUGGCGCCUAGAUGAGCCAUGGAAGUUCCUUCAGAUGCCCUCUUCUGUAAAACAGCGCGAAACACCUAUGGUAAAUUAGAAGAUUGGUGUUGCGAAAGCUGAUGCCUGCUUAUUGACAAUUCUUUGGAUGGAAGGCUUCCCGGGAAGGCUCUGGGUUUGCAAAACCCUCUCAUACUUUUGGUUUAGUUAGGAUAGAUGUAGGUUUAACACUGCAUGUUCUGAUUGCUAGGUUUCUGGCUAGGGCAACAUGUUGAUCAUGUUCUUUUCACUUUUUUAUUGACAUUUUCUGUAAGGAAAUCGUACAUGUAACGAUUGUUUUAUUUGUCAAACAAGCACUGUUUGUUUUUGUCAAACAGUAUACGGUUAAUGUAUUCGUGUUGCUAACGUCGA